UGCUUGAAAAGACCUUGGAUAAGGGGGAGCGGGCUGGGUCGUAACGGAAUCGGACCUUCUCCUCUCUGUUGUCGCGGGUCGGGACGCCUCCUAGGUACCAGGCCGGCUGGGAAGAUGGUGCAGUUUCUGCGGCUGGCGGGCGCACGCUCGCUGUGCGGUCGUCCGGUGUCGUCGCUGCUGCCAGCGCGGCGCGCCAUCAGCCAGCAGGCACGCGAGCGCGUGGCCGCGCUGUCCCCCAAGGUGCGCGAGUUCGUUGACCGCACAGUGCGCAUGUGCCAGCCAGCGGACGUGCACGUGUGCGACGGCUCGGCGGCCGAGAGUGCCAGCCUGCUGCGCAUGAUGACCGAGGCUGGCGUGGUGGAGCCGCUGCCCAAGUACGACAACUGCUGGCUGACGCGCACCGAUCCUGCUGACGUCGCCCGCGUCGAGUCCAAGACGUUUAUCGUCACCGAGGAGAAGCGCGACACAGUGCCCAUUCCGCGCAAGGGUCGCAAGGGCCUGCUCGGCAAUUGGAUGUCGCCCAAGGCGCUGGAGACGGCAGUGGCCGAGCGCUUCCCGGGCUGCAUGCGCGGCCGCACGCUGUACGUCAUCCCCUUCUCGAUGGGGCCGGUCGGCUCGCCGCUCAGCAAGAUCGGCAUCGAGCUCACCGACUCGCCGUACGUGGUGGCGUCGAUGCGCGUGAUGACGCGCAUGGGCGCCGACGUGAUGGCCACGCUCGGCGACGGCGACUUCGUCAAGUGCCUGCACUCGGUCGGCCGGCCGGUGCCCGUCAGCAAGAAGCCCAUCAACAACUGGCCCUGCAACCCGGAGAACACCAUCAUCGCGCACGUGCCGGCCAAGAACGAGAUCAUCUCGUUCGGCAGCGGCUACGGCGGCAACUCGCUGCUGGGCAAGAAGUGCUUCGCGCUGCGGAUCGGCUCGACGAUCGCCCGCCGCGAGGGCUGGCUGGCCGAGCACAUGCUCAUCCUGGGCAUCACCAACCCGCAGGGCAAGAAGCGCUACAUCGCCGCCGCCUUCCCGUCCGCCUGCGGCAAGACCAACCUGGCCAUGAUGACGCCCACGCUGCCUGGCUACAAGCUCGAGUGCGUCGGUGACGACAUCGCCUGGAUGAAGUUCGACGAGAACGGCGUGCUGCGCGCCAUCAACCCGGAGAACGGCUUCUUCGGCGUGGCGCCCGGCACGUCGACGGCCACCAACCCGGUGGCCAUGCAGACCAUCUUCUCCAACACGCUGUUCACCAACGUGGCGCGGACGGGCGACGGCGGCGUCUACUGGGAGGGGCUGGAGAAGGAGGUGGACGCGUCGGUGGGCAUCGUGGACUGGCACGGCGAUCCGUGGACGCCAGGCAGCGGCGCGCCCUCGUCGCACCCCAACAGCCGCUUCUGUGCGCCGGCCGCCCAGUGCCCCAUCAUCGACCCGCAGUGGGAGUCGGCCGAGGGCGUGCCGAUCUCGGCCAUCCUGUUCGGCGGCCGGAGACCGCUCGGCGUCCCGCUGGUGUACGAGGCGUUCAACUGGCGCCACGGCGUCUUCCUGGGCGCCUCCAUGCGUUCCGAGUCGACCGCCGCCGCCGAGCACAAGGGCAAGGUCAUCAUGCACGACCCGUUCGCUAUGCGGCCCUUCUUCGGGUACAACUUCGGCCACUACCUGUCGCACUGGCUGUCCAUGGAGGGACGCAGCACGCCGGCCAACUUGCCCAAGGUCUUCCACGUCAACUGGUUCCGCAAGGCGGCUAGCGGCGGCUUCCUGUGGCCGGGCUUCGGCGAGAACUCGCGCGUGCUCGACUGGGUGCUGCGGCGCGUGGACGGCGAAGACUGCGCCCAGGAGUCGGCCAUUGGGCUGGUGCCGAAGCCGGGCGCGCUCAACCUGGACGGCCUGAAGGAGGCGGUCGACAUGCAGGAGCUCUUCAGCAUUCCCAAGGAGUAUUGGCAGCAGGAGGUGGAAGCCGUCAACCAGUACCUGGACGAGCAGGUCGGCGAGGACCUGCCGAACGAGAUCGUCGAAGAGAUUGACCUGCUGCGCGAGCGGAUCGCCAAGCUCUAGCUUUGGGCGACUCGUUCGCCGUCGCAGCUGCAGCUCACUUCGGACCAAGCUAGAGGGGUUAUUUUUCACGUAGAGGCCGUUUACAUGCCUAACGGGUGGUUGUGGUACUCGUGAUGCCUUUGUGAUCUUGCUUCUGCACAUUCCAUUUACAAGCAUUCCUACUUGAAUUUGAUCCUUUGUAUGGAUUAUGACUUUCCUAAGCAACGAUAUAUUUUUGUAUGGGUUUAUGUCCCAGGAACGUUUAUUGCACACUUCGUGCCAUAUGAAGAACGCCUUUUCCAUGUCGUUUUAUACUAUGUGAUGCUUACGUUGAUAAGUGAUACUAUUUGAUACUUAAUGAAGAUGUGCCAGUCACCACGUUGUGCACAAAUUGUUGCUCAAAAAGUUUAUAUUUUCUACACUUUUUACCAGUGCACAAUGUCUUAUAGAACGAUUUAUUUUGUUUACGUUGGGUGUGUUAUGCCCUCACCAAAAACGUCGAUUGCGGGAACGCCGGUGGUGUCUGCGAACACCACACUCCUUGAAUGAAUGGAACAUAUCCUGCGAUAUUAAUGACUGCCCAGAAAUAAAAGUCGUCAACGUGUA